GGAGCGCGAUGCUGCAGCAGGGCGGCAGCUCCAGCAGCUUCGGCAGCCUCGGCCAGCUCGGGCAGCGCUGGGCGCAGGCGUGGGAGGACGCGUCCACCACCAUCACCCAGGCCGUGCAGGAGUCGCCCGCGGUGCAGGCCGUGCAGGAGAAGGCCACCCGAGUGUGCUGCGUCUGCCAGCAGCGGGCCCUGCUCACGAACGUCGCCACCUGCGAGGAGUGCAAGAGGCCAGUCUGCAAAACUGGCAAGGGCUGCAUCGCGUACGUCCACGUGUUCACUCCGGGCGGUCUGUCCACCAUGUCGAACCCGGGCGUGCAGCUGCAGCCGUGCCAGAACUGCUUCCGCGCGGUGCAGGACAGGGCGCGGAUCUCGAACGUGAAGGAGAGGCAGAAGCGGGCGGCCUCCUACUUCGCUGGCACCCUCGAGCCCUACAUGUACAGCCCCGAGAGCAAGCUCGAGAAAUCCUUCCGCCUGGGGGGCCACGUCAUGGAGACCGCCAAGUGGCACGUGGGCGAGCGCGGCAAGGCCCCGGAGCUGGAGCGGCUGCAGCACGUCGGCCCCUCGGGGGACGUGCCUGCUCCCGACCGCGAGCUGCUGCUGAGGCUGCGGCGCCUGGCGCGGCUGCCCAGCGCGGGGUACUCCAGCGAGCCGACGCCGACGGACGCCCAGCGGUUCUUCAAGCAGGCGCUGCCCGGCAGCGAGCUGGUGCUCGCCGAGCUGCUGCACUCGCAGGACGUGCCGUCGUAUUUCCUGGUGGCGACGCGGCGGGACAAGCAGGUGUACCUCGUCCUGCCCGGCACCCGCAACACCGCGCACAUCGCCACCGACCUCAACGUGUGCGGCGAGGAGAUCGAGGGCAAGGGCGUGGCCCACAAGGGCGUGGCCCAGAUGGCACGGUGGCUGAUGGCGGAGCUGAGCCCGGUCAUGGUGAACUUCCACGCGAAAGGCUACCAGGUGACCGUCGUCGGGCACUCCCUGGGCGCCGGCGUGGGCGCGGUCUUCACGGCGCUGCUGCAGCCGAUGAUCAGGUCGAUGUACUGCUACGGCUUCGGGACCCCCGCCUGCGUCGACGAGCGGCUCUCCUUCGCCCUCCUGGACUGCAUGACGAGCGUAGUGAACCACGACGACAUGGUGCCGCGCCUCACUCUGCAGAGCGUGCAGAGGCUCGUGGACUUUACCCUCAGCGAGGGGCAGCGGGCGAAGACCAAGGCACCUCCUCCCGCGACCCGAUUCGAUCCGCUUUCCCCGGCACCCUCGGGUCAUGAAACAAACCACGAUGGGAGUGUUGUCGCUGUUUCCGGCCCCCUGGGGCCCUUGCUGGGCCCUGGGAUCGUCAGAAAAUAUACUCGAGGUGAACAGCCUGGUGGAGGGGAAUGGGUCGAGAUCUCUGGGGGUCCGUGCUGUGAAAACGUAUGA